AUGGUGGCGUGUCAAUGAAGGAAAAUUAGCUUAUUAUUUAUGUUGUAAAUGAUAGUUUUGCAGCCAGUGAAGUUAUUCUAUGCCAUUUAUUUGUUUCAAUUUAGUAGAGGAUAGAAUUGAAAUCUGUUUGAAGAUAGUUCAUAUGCCAUUAGCUGAGUGAACUCAAGAAGAAGAUGUUAGAAAGUGAGACAAACCCGACUUUCAAUAAGUCAACUGGGCUACCUCGGAAACGUUUCUACCGAGCACGGGCGCAUAGCAACCCGCUAAGUGACUCGCACUUUCCGAUUCCGAUAUCUCCUUAUCAGGUUGACUAUUCCCUUCAUUACCCUCAAAUCUUUACUUCAUCUGAUAAUGUGGAUAGUUCCAAAAAGAUCCAGUUUGCAGAUAUCGGUUGUGGUUUUGGAGGGCUGCUCAUUAGUCUUGCAACCCUUUUUCCUGAAACCCUAAUGAUUGGGAUGGAACUCAGGGAUAAGGUGACAGAGUAUGUCAAGGAACGGAUAUUAGCACUAAGGGUGACCAAUCCGGGUCGAUACCAAAAUAUCUCUGUAGUUCGGACCAAUUCUAUGAAAUACAUCCCAAAUUACUUCGAGAAAGGGCAACUUUCGAAGAUGUUUUUUCUAUUUCCGGAUCCCCAUUUUAAGGAGAAGAAUCAUCGUAGACGGGUUAUUAGUCCGCAUUUGCUAGAUGAGUAUGCUUAUGUUCUUGAAGUGGGUGGGAUUAUUUACACAAUUACAGAUGUGGAGGAACUUGGUGAGUGGAUGAAGGCUUGUUUAGCGGGUCACCCAAUGUUUGAACCCCUCACAAAGGAGGAGCUCGGAGCAGAUCCUGUCGUAAAGCUUCUAACCGCAGCAACUGAAGAAGGGCAAAAGGUGGCUAGGAAUGGCGGACAGACAUUUCAAGCAAUCUAUAGACGUAUUGCUCCAUCUGUUUGAUAGAUAGGAAAUUCAGCCUGCUUAAGUAGCUUCGCUAAGACGAUCGAUGGAUAAACUCUGACACUUCGUGCUGCACUACUUAGUUAGUGAGUUUCUUUUUUCUUAUCUUUUGCUUUUCUUGAAAGAUGCACUCGUUGUCUAUUUCCUAGCUUGCAUCUUUGCGUUUAUGUAAUGGAUGUCGGAUGUCGGAUGUCGAAUCAUAUUCUGUUCUGCCUAACAGAUUUGAUAUGAUAAUACAGUAUUCUUUUAUCUAA